CCCCGACGUUCGCUGCUCGCGCUUGGGCUCGCGAUGGGGAAGAAGUCGCGGGCGGUACCCGGCCGCAGGCCCAUCCUGCAGCUCUCUCCGCCCGGUCCCCGGAGCAGCACGCCGGGCCGGGACCUGGAGCUGGAACCCGACACCGAGCCGGACUCGACAGCAGCGGCCCUCAGCCAGCCAGCCCCGGCAGCGGCGGCGGCGGCGACGACCACGACCACGACCACGACCACGACCACGACUGCGGUGACUGCCGCCGCGGCCCCGGACGACUCGCCUUCGGAAGAUGGUUGUAUGAACAGCCAGGGUUGA